CCGCCCCUCUUUAUGUCAGCCGAGCCUCCCUCUGCCUGACUCGCCCAUGAGCCUUCUCGGGAGCUACCGGAAAAAGCCCAACAAUGAUGGCUAUGAAUCUUUGCAGCUGGUGGACAGCAACGGUGACUUCUGCGGCAGCCGGGAGCGAACCGGCGGCGGCGGCGGCGGUGGCAUCAGCACUAGCAGCGGCGGCAUCGUCGGCAAGCAAGGGGUGAUCCCCGCGGUGGUGGCGGCGGCAGCGGCAGCAGCAGCGAGGAGCCCAGCGCGACAGCAACAGCAUCAGCCGCUCGACUCCAGCACCAUGGACAGCUCAGGUGCCUCGUCUCCUGACAUGGAGUCUAACUAUGGCGGUGGCCUAUUGGACAUGAUGAAAGGAGGAGCAGGGAGACUCUUUAGCAACUUAAAGGAUAACUUGAAGGACACCUUAAAAGACACUUCUACUAAAGUUAUGCAAUCUGUUGCAAGCUACACCAAGGGGGAGCUAGAUAUUUCUUAUAUUACCUCAAGAAUUAUUGUGAUGUCAUUUCCUGGUGAAGGAGUUGAACUGGGAUUUAGGAAUCACAUUGACGAUGUACGGACAUUCUUGGAUUCAAGACAUCCUGAUCACUACACAGUUUUCAAUUUGUCACCAAAGUCUUAUCGUACUACCAGGUUUCAUAAUAGGGUAUCUGAAUGUAGUUGGCCAAUUAGACAAGCACCAAGUCUCCACAACCUCUAUGCUGUAUGCAAGAAUAUGCACAACUGGUUGCAGCAGAACCCCAAAAAUGUUUGUGUCAUCCACUGUAUGGUAAGUCAGGCAGAUGGUCGUGUAGCGUCAGCAGUCCUGGUCAGUGCAAUGUUCUGUUUCUGUCAUCUCUUCUCUAAUCCAGCUCCUGCCAUUCAGUUGCUAAAUUCAAAGAGACCUGGAAUAGUACUUUGGCCAUCCCACAGAAGGUAUGUAGGAUAUAUUUGUGAUCUAAUAGCAGACAAGCCUGUUCAACCUCACUGCAAGCCUCUAACUAUCAAAUCAGUCCUUCUCAGCCCAGUACCCUGUUUCAACAAACAGAGAAAUGGCUGCCGGCCUUUCUGUGACAUCCUUAUUGGAGAAACUAGAAUCUUCACAACCUCACAAGAAUAUGAACGAAUGAAGGAAUUCCGUGUUCAAGAAGGAAAAGUUGUAAUUCCAUUAGGAGUCACUGUCCAUGGCGAUGUAGUUGUUUCCAUCUACCAUAUGCGAUCAACCAUUGGGGGACGUCUUCAAGCUAAAAUGACAAACACACAAAUAUUCCAGAUUCAGUUUCACACUGGAUUUAUAGCCCUGGGAACAACGGUAUUAAAAUUUACUAAACCUGAACUGGAUGCCUGUGACUCACCUGAAAAAUAUCCCCAACUGUUUCAUGUCCUAUUGGAGAUAGAAAUCGAUUCUGCUGAUAGGCAGACUGACUUAACUCCUCCAUGGGAGAACUUCACAACAAAGGACAUCAACCCAAGCAUUCUUUUCUCAUCCCACCAGGAGCACCAGGACACCUUGGCCCUGGCAGGUAGAGGUUCUGUAGAUGCGCCACAAGAUAACCUAAAGAAUGCUGGACAGGGUGCAUUCUUGUCAUCUCUCAGCUGGCAAGAUCAAAAACUGGAGAGAAGCAGUUCUCACCCGAGCUCAGAAGACCGGGCAGCACUGGUACAUGAAGAAAGUGAGCAAUCAGAUGAUGAACUCUUGUCCCUCUCCAGUCAGCACAGUAGCACCAGCACUGACAAAAUCCACGGGGCCUCAAAGCACAGCAAGAAGCACCCAGAGCCACCAGCUCCAGCCCCUCCAGAAGAUGUGGACCUUUUAGGUUUGGAUGGCAGCCCUAUGAGCAAGAAUGUUCCAGCUGCAGCCACUGCACCACCCUCUAACUCUGACUUGCUGAGUGAUCUCUUUGGGGCUGGGAAUUCCGGAGGACCAAGCCAAGGAGGGCAGUCAGCUGCUGAGGAUGUCUUUCAGAUGGGUGGAACUGGGUCUGCACAAUCCACCCCACGACGGUCUGCAGCUUCAGCAUCCCCAUCUCUAUCCCCAAGAGUAGGAGAAGCAACGACCUUUGACCCAUUUGGGAGUAGUCCUAAGCAACCUGCCCCAGAUCUUCUAGGCUCUUUUCUUGGUUCAUCAAAUGCCACUACUGAUCCUUUUCUUCAAGCAGCAAGGAGUCCUUCACCUACAGUGCAAGGAGACCCUUUUCACAUGGGUCCUUCCAGUACACCAACUGUUUCCAUUCAACCAGAUGUUUCAGGUGAUUGGGAAUGGCCCAGCAAAUCAGGUGGCCUAGGCAUGGGGAGCAAAUCAGCUGCAACCAGCCCUACAGGAUCACUGCACAGCACGCCUACACAUCAAGCCAAACCACAAACAUUGGAUCCUUUUGCAGACUUGGGGGCUCUUGGAGCGAAUCUAGCAGGUUGUCCUUCCUUUGCCAGCAAACCCAGCACACCUACAGGAAUGGGAGGAGGUUUUCCUCCUAUGGGAUCACCACAAAAACCAUCUCCCCAGCCAAUGGGAGGUGGCAGCUGGCAACAGGGCACUGGAUAUUCCUGGCCACAAUCACAGACCAAACCCCAACAAAGCAUGCCACAUUCUUCUCCACAAAACAGGCCUAAUUAUAAUGUGAGUUUUUCUGCAAUGCCUGGUGGCCAAAAUGACCGUGGAAAAGGACCGGGGAGUUCUGAUUCAAAGCCCAAAAUGUCUUCUGAUUUUGAGGACCUCUUAUCUGGUCAAGGCUUUAAUGCCCACAAAGACAAAAAGGGACCUAGAACAAUAGCAGAAAUGCGGAAAGAAGAAAUGGCCAAGGAGAUGGACCCCGAAAAGCUAAAAAUCCUUGAAUGGAUUGAAGGGAAGGAAAGAAACAUUAGAGCAUUGUUAUCCACAAUGCAUACGGUGCUAUGGGAAGGAGAAACAAAAUGGAAACCAAUUGGCAUGGCAGAUCUUGUAACUCCAGAGCAAGUGAAGAAGGUUUACCGGAGAGCAGUGCUUGUUGUUCAUCCUGAUAAAGCUACAGGGCAGCCAUACGAACAAUAUGCAAAGAUGAUUUUUAUGGAGCUCAACGAUGCCUGGUCAGAAUUUGAAAACCAAGGCCAAAAGCCCUUGUAUUAGCAUACUUCCUCAGACAUCGCUGUAGACCUGUGCUAGUGCUCAUAUAAUUCCUUGCCACAAGAUUUUUCAUGGCUGAACUGAUAUCUGGCUGGAAAUUAGAAAAUAAUAAAAUCUGCCCCAAUAUCAAAAUCUUUUCUCAUGGAGAGGGAAAAAAUAUGGAAGCUGCUGCUUGCAUAUGCCAUGAAAUACAGAUGCAAAGAGAGGAGUUCAAGGGGUUAAUCAUAUAGUGUUCUUUCAGGUUUAAACAGGGUAGGUAAGGAGGCAUUCUAGCAAACUGGGAUUGUUUGUCUUGGAACAAGUAAGAUGAAAUGGAUGGUUUCUUCCACCAUUGUCCAAAUGGACCCUGUACUUUAGGAAUGUGAUUUAAUCUUAAAAACUUGUGUCCAGGACAAACUUUCUCAAAACUUAAGGAUAUACAUUCAUAUGUAGUCAUUUGCAUCUACGGUAUCUCUCAGAAUAAUUUGCUCCUUCAAUUAUUUCUUGUAGUAUGUUUUUGAAUAUGAUGGCUAGACAACUGGAUAUGUCUCUGGCAACUUACUGCUGCCUUAAGCAUAGUACUGUAUUUCAUGUUUCAGACAAGCAAAUAAUUAGAUAUUCCGCACCACCAUACAACAUACAAUUUGGGAGAUGUCUUUAAAUUAUUAUUUGGG